AUGUCUUAUCAAGGCCAUUGCAAUUGCGAGAGUAUUCGCCUCACCCUUCCUCAGCGACCUCCGAGCUCAACUGUUUGCCAUUGCGAUUGUUGCAAGCGAGCAGGUGGUGGCGCAUUAUCUGUCAACUAUCUUGUCAAUGAAGAUGAAUUGACCGUCAGCGAUCGAAAUGCGACAUUGAAGAUGUAUGAGGACAAGAGGUCUGCCAGCGGCAAUGUUGUGAAGCGUUAUUUCUGUUCUGGGUGUGGCAGUCCUGUGUACACCAAGACCCCGAAGGCCCCUGGAAAAGUCUUCCUGAAGGCUGCGUUGUUUGACGUUGUCUCCCCUCCUGCAGCUGAGGUGUUUAUCAAUAAGCAAUAUCAGUGGGUAAAUAUUGAGCAAGAAGUCCCUACACAAACUUCUCGUCCUAGGCGGCCAUCGGGCGUCAUUCUGCGGAACACCCGACCGCGCGACAACGACAACAACUUGGAUCCCCGCGAAGCGCUCGAGCUCCAGGAGCUCCAAACACAUGAGGACAAUGAGUUGGACUACUCAACACCAUCUGCUUCAUCUGGCGAUGAAUAUCGCGUUGUGACACGUCGCACCACAUCACGCGCUCUCGCAUCACGUGCCGAUGCGCAGCAACGCCGGCAAGCUCGAAGGGGGAUUUGGGGCAAGCUCACUCGGAUUUGGACCCAUAAUGUUACUCUGACAGUGCCACAUAAAAGUAGUCGGGAUUACUUCGCUCUGGAGAGAACAUUCCUCGCAUAUCUACGGACCUCUCUCGUCGUUGCCCAGCAAGGCGUGCUAAUUGCGCAGCUGUUCAGUCUGCAGGCUGCGGAGGCGUUAGCGGACCGUCUUGGAUUUCGUCGGGUUGGUAAACCGCUCUCGGUCGCAUGUCACUGUGUGGCUAUUCUCGUGGCUUUUGUUGGAGCGUAUCGAUUCUGGAGGCAGCAGAAUGCUAUUUCUAGGGGUAUGAUCUAUUCUGGAGGUUGGGAAUUGAAUUCUGUGGGGUUGUUACUGGGUUGUAUCACUCUAACGGUAUUGAUUGUAUCCGUUGCUAUUAUCGUUGAAAUUGAUACAGACCCGUCUGUAUUUGUUCGUCGAAUAUUAGGUGGGUGA